AUGUACCACCAGGUUUGCCACCCGCGCGCGGACCACCAGGCGUUAGUGUCAUUGGCGCACCGCCUCCAGGACGAGGACCACCGCCAGGCGCUCCUCCGCCCGGAGGACCACCAGGACGAGGCCCGCCACCAGGAGGACCACCAGGAAGAGGGCCUCCGCCGGGUGGACCUCCAGGAAUGCAGCCACGAGGACCACCACCCGGAGGCCCACCAGGAAUGCCACCGCGAGGACCCCCGCCUGGCGGCCCGCCAGGAGGACCACCGCGAGGACCACCACCGGGUGGACCACCAGGAGGACCACCGCGAGGACCACCACCAGGCGGUCCACCAGGGGCCAUGCCUGGUGGACCACCACGGGGCCCACCACCAGGAGGUCCACCAGGAAUGCCACCGCGAGGCCCGCCGCCAGGAGGCCCGCCUGGAGUACCGCAACAAGGAGGACCACCCGGAGGCCCACCGCCAGGCAUGCCCAUGA